UUCAUUAUUUUUUAAUAAUUAAUUCCGGAAGUACGAAUGCUGGCGGUAUCAUUCAAUUCUUCACAGGUUUCACGAAACUGCGUUAAGCUAGCAAUAUCCUUAGUUGAUAGACUAGUCUGUCAGGCUCCAUGCUGGAAGGAGAAGACUCGGAAGACUAAACUGUGGAACUAUGGCUUUUAAAAGGCGUUAACACAAUAAAGUUCAGCGUGCUGUCAUUAAUGUAUUGUUGAUACCAAUGGAAAGCUCAGUGUUUGGUCUUCGUCUAUCCUUGAAGCAACGAUAUUUUCUUCUACUUUGCGUCGUUGCCGCGGGAAUAAUUAUGUAUCGCUUUACAAGGAACCACCCUGAAACAAGAAGAAUGAACCGUGUGGAGGGCCUGAGAGCCAACUCUUCUCAGUUCACUCUGGAGAGAAAACCUUUCCUCAUCUUGGGAGGCUCCAUUCAUUACUUCCGUGUCCCAAGAGCUUACUGGGAGGACCGGCUGCUGAAGAUGAAGGCCUGUGGCCUUAAUACUCUGACUACAUAUGUUCCUUGGAACCUGCACGAGCCGGAGCGGGGGGUCUUCAAGUUUGAGGAUCAGCUAGAUUUAGAAGCCUACCUACGUCUUGCAGCCAGCUUGGGCCUCUGGGUGAUUCUGCGACCAGGGCCUUACAUCUGUGCUGAGUGGGACUUAGGGGGACUACCCAGCUGGCUGCUAAGGGAUCCCCAGAUGAAACUGAGAACAACCUACUCUGGAUUCACUGAUGCAGCCAACUCCUUUUUUGAUGAGGUCAUAAAGAAAGUCGUCCCACAUCAGUACUCCAAGGGUGGCCCGAUUAUAGCAGUUCAAGUGGAGAAUGAAUAUGGCUCCUAUGCUACAGAUGAAAAUUACAUGCCCUUCAUCAAGGAGGCGCUAUUGUCAAGGGGUAUCACAGAGCUGCUGCUGACCUCAGACAACAAGGACGGGCUGAAGCUUGGAGGAGUGAAAGGAGCUCUGGAAACCAUCAAUUUUCAAAAACUGGACCCAGAUGAAAUCAAGUAUCUGGAACAAAUACAACCUCAGAAACCUAAAAUGGUGAUGGAGUACUGGUCUGGCUGGUUUGAUCUCUGGGGCGGGCUCCAUCAUGUUUACACUGCUGAAGAAAUGAUACCUGUGGUGACCGAAAUCCUUAAGCUGGAUAUGUCCAUCAACCUUUACAUGUUCCACGGGGGGACAAAUUUUGGCUUCAUGAGUGGGGCCUUUGCUGUUGGACUACCGGCACCUAAACCCAUGGUAACAAGCUACGAUUACGAUGCUCCAUUAUCCGAGGCUGGGGAUUACACCAACAAGUACCAUCUUCUGAGGAAUUUAUUCAGCCACUACCACACUCAGCCUCUCCCUGAACUGCCCCCUGUUCAUGAGCGGAGAGCAUACCAGCCCGCUGUCAUCCAGCAGCACAUCUCUCUGUGGGACAGUCUGCGCUUCACUGACAAGCCUUUCAAGUCGGAGAGGCCGGUGAACAUGGAGAAUCUCCCCGUGAACAAUAACAAUGGUCAGUCAUAUGGCUACACGCUCUAUGAGACCACCAUCACCAGUGGCGGAGCUCUCAAGUCGCAGAACAAUGUCAGAGACAGAGCUCUGGUUUUUGUGGAUAAACAUUUUGUAGGUGUUUUGGACUAUACGGUGCAAGAACUUGCUGUACCUGAUGGGAAGGGAAAAAGAACUCUGGGCUUACUGGUGGAGAACUGUGGAAGAGUGAAUUAUGGAAAAACCCUGGAUGAACAGCGCAAAGGUCUUGUUGGCGAUAUUAUGCUAAACGAGCACACCCUCCGAGACUUCAAUAUUCACAGUCUGGAUAUGAAGCCUGCCUUUGUAAACAGACUCGAGAGUGCAGGUCACUGGAUGUCCAUGCGCCAUCAGCCCUCCUUCCCAGGGUUUUUCCAGAGCAGACUCUAUGUGAAUGGCUCACCUCAAGACACCUUCAUCAAACUCCCUGGUUGGAGCAAAGGUGUUGUGUUCAUCAAUGGCAAGAAUCUGGGACGUUACUGGUCCACUGGUCCUCAGCAAACUCUCUAUGUCCCAGGACCCUGGCUUCACAGGGGUGACAACCAGGUCAUAGUGUUUGAAGAGCAGGAAACAGAUGGUAAGAUCCAGUUUGCCAGCAGCCCAGACUAUGGCAUGACUAUUGAUGUCCAGUGAGGAGAACAAGAGGGAAGGGUGGAUUAAGAGAAGAAGAGCGAGGAGGAUGGGAGGAUAGCGUGGGAGGACACGACCGCUGUAAGCUGCACUGACGCCUUGCUGCAACUCAAAAACACUCAAGACUGACACGUCAGUGAACACGACAUCAGCAAUGCAGCUGUGUAACCAACUUCCUCACAGCAGUUUCUCAUUACUGAGUGUGUUUGCAGCUUUAUGUUUUUAAUUUAUUUUCUUAAGAGCUUUAACCUUAAACCCUGAAACGUAAUUGGAGAUCAAGAAACGGAAGGAGAGUGAACUUGAUUAUAAUAAAUGUUCUUCCUCUGAAAGACUUAAUUUAUUGCUUGCAUCCAGACUGUAUAAAAACAAUGUGUGAAUAAAGAGUUGUUUGACCUCUCUGCCACUAACCAAGG